UCUCCAGCUCUGCCUGUGUCACAUGGAAGCGCGGUAGCCGAGCUGAGGGGAUGCGAGCCGAGAUGGAGGGGGCUUAAGGGACCGAGGAGCUGAAACCUGGCAGUCGGAGAUAAUUUUGGAGGCGCAUCAUCAUCAUCGCAGCAGCAGCAGCAGCAGCAGCAGCAGCAUCAGAUAAGGAUAAGGAUAAAGGGGGGGACGCGGACGCGCAGGGUGAGCUCUUCCCAGCCUCCCCUCUUGGCUUGGGGUGCGCGGACAGGAUGCCACAUGAAGUGCGCUGCAUCCCCGCUCUGUGAAGCCCGUGAAGGUCUGGCGGUGAUUAUGCUCGCAGGGAGCUUGAGUCAGUCCGAGGGGAAGCAGAACCUGAAGGAAGCGAACGGAGCCGAUGCUGCGCCUCUCCAAACCUCUGAGCUGAAUCCCAGUGACACCGUGGCACCUCGCUGCGUGCAUGAGUGUAAGGGUGUAAGUGUGUGUGUGUGUGAGAGCAAGUGAGCGCCAGCGCUCCCACAUGGCCUCCAUGCAGGACGGGCUGAUCUUCACGGCUCCUCCCUACGGCAAGGUCCUGCUGCUGGGCGCUAUCGCUGCUGCCUCAGCCUUUGUUGUUACCAUCCUUAUUGUGGUGCUCUGCGUGGGCUGCCAGAGGAAGGGGAAGACGCACAAUGUCCCCGGUGAAGGUGGAAAACACCGCCUCAUGGACAUGGGUAUACUCAAGCAGUCAAAGCUGCGGUCCAUCAGUAAAUCUGACACGGAGAUGAACAAGAUGAACUGCAAUGGCAAAAUUGAUUUUUGGGACAUGAACACAAAGCAUCGGGGUAUACACUGCAGGCAGCUUCCCCAGAUCCCCUCUGGGACUGGAGAGGACAGCGAGCACACUUAUUCAGAAGUGGGCCAACGUUCCUCCACUGCACGUACUGACGAUGCCCUCUACGCCAUGGUAGGCAGGGCCGGGCAGACGGACACUCCGGCCCCUCCGGCCGUUCCCGCCAACACCCCGGCGCCCCCGGACCCGGACGGCGAGGUGGAUGGAGCGCUGCCGGAACCCGAGGCCCCGGUCAUGUCUCCCCCACACCCUCCGGAGACGGUGGAGUACGCCUGCGUCAGGAAGCUGAGGAAGGCUGAAAAGGCGCCUCAGAAGAGGGACAGUGGGACGGAUAUGGCAGAGCCGCCUGCUCCACCUCCACGCCAUGGGCCGCCGUCGCAUCCCGCCCCCCCGCCGCCUCACCCCCACAGCACAAAGUUGCCUCGUAGAAACAUUGAGGCCUUCAAUGUCCCAUCAUUCCCAAAGGAAGUGAUGUUUAUGGGCAAUGGAGAGCAGUACAUCUGGAAGCCUCCAGAGGAUGAUGACAUGCUGAUGCUCCAGAAUAAAGCGCUGGGUCCACUGGGAGCCCAUUUAGUGGAGAAUAUACAACCGUCUGCCGCAGUGGUGGCGGAGAUGUACUCCAAAGUGUGCAAACCUGGGAAGAAGAAAAGAGCGAUUCCGGGUUCUCCCCCGGCGAACCUCGGCUUCCGGACCUUGGGUCGAGGCGACCGGGACCGAGACGGUGGAUUCAGCGUUGUGGUCAAACCGCAGACAUGGGCCCCUCAAGAGGGCAAAGCGGUCGGGGGCUCCCUGGACGACCACUGCUACGAGUCCAUCGGCACGGAGGACUGCGACCCGGCAUACGACAAUAUGGAAGGCGGGGGCGCCUGGAAGCGUGAGCGGCCUCCGAACACAUGUGCCACGCUGCGGCCGAGGAGGAAGAAAGCCCAGCAGCCCUUGCAGCAGCAGCACCCUCCGCCGCCGCCGCCCACGCAGCAGACGCCCAAGUUGCAACACCUUCCUGCCAAAGCCCUGCUGCUGCCGGGGGAGAACCUGUACGAGAGCAUCGGCGACCUGAAGCAGGGCUCCGCCACUUCCAGCACCACCACCAUCUUCACCUUCAACGACGGCAUGGAGAUGUACGUUACGGGGCUCUGAGGCAGCGGCUGCACUGUGACCCCCCUCUGAGCUGACACUGCUGGGUCCCAUCAUGCUCACCACACAUACCGUUUACAUUAAAGUCAUGACAUCGGGCCAUUCAUAGGCGCCACGCUACAAAAACACUACAUAUUUGCUCCAGUUUCUAGUGCAAAUAUCUUAGUACACUUGAAAUUAGGCAAAACAAACUUACAAGCAACUUUUCAGCAAGAUAGAGCAGCUUGUUUUAUGGCAAUAAUUCUUUUAAGGUGUCCUGACCUUAUUGACCUAAAACAAGCUGCUACAUGUUUCCGAAAAGUUACUUGUAAGUUAGUUUUUUCUCACUUUAAGUUCAGU